CCCUCCUCUCCUCCGUACACGACGCCUCAACUCACACUUAUCCAAGAUAACCACUUUCUCAUUGACGGGACUAAUUACUAAAGACUGGAAACAGUUCAAGUUUAGAUUAACGAGUGACAAAGACAAGACAGGGGCCGUGAAGUGAACAUCACGCAUUUCCGGGCUCUCUGUCCAAUGAAAAUGUUUCAGACCGUCCCAGACACUUCGUCUUACGUCAAGGAGGCACUGUCUGUGGUGAGUGAAGAUCAGUCCCUGUUUGAGCCUCCUUACGCUGCUGCUGCUCCCUUACCCAAGACAGACAUGACUGCGUCUGUUGCGCAGGAUUACGGCCAACCCCACAAGAUCAACCCUAUUCCCCCUCAGCAGGAGUGGAUCAACCAACCUGUCAGAGUCAAUGUCAAACGGGAAUAUGACCAUAUCAAUGGAUCCAGAGAGUCUCCAGUGGACUGUAGUGUGGGUAAAUGCAAUAAGAUGGUGGGUGGGAAUGACGCAUCUCAGAUGAACUAUACUGGUUACAUGGACGAGAAGACUGCACCACCCCCAAACAUGACAACCAAUGAGAGGAGAGUUAUUGUUCCAGCAGACCCUUCUCUCUGGUCUCCAGACCACGUGCGGCAAUGGUUAGACUGGGCCAUUAAAGAGUAUGUUCUUCAGGAGAUCGACACAGCUAUGUUCCAUAGCACAGAUGGAAAAGAACUUUGCAAGAUGAGCAAAGAGGACUUCCUGAGACUUACUAGUGUUUAUAACACAGAGGUCCUGCUCUCACAUCUUAAUUACCUCAGGGAAAGUAGCUCAUCAAUAUCAUACAACACACCAUCUCAUACUGAUCAGGCUCCUCGGCUGUCUACCAAAGAAGAUGCGUCUUAUGAUGCUGUACGGAGGGCAGGCUGGUCAAACAGCUUGCACAGUGGGAAAGGCUCUCCGACAGUGGUCUCUCAGAAUGUGUCCAAGAGCACUGAGCAGGCUCGGCCUCAGCCAGACCCUUACCAGAUAUUUGGGGCCACCAGCAGUCGACUUGCCAACCCAGGUUCAGGUCAGAUCCAGCUGUGGCAGUUCUUGCUAGAACUUCUCUCUGACAGUGCCAAUGCUGGCUGCAUCACCUGGGAGGGGACCAAUGGAGAGUUUAAGAUGACAGACCCUGACGAAGUAGCGCGCCGCUGGGGGGAACGCAAGAGCAAGCCCAACAUGAACUAUGACAAACUAAGCCUCGCCCUUCGCUACUACUAUGACAAAAACAUCAUGACCAAAGUUCACGGCAAACGUUAUGCCUAUAAAUUUGACUUCCAAGGCAUUAAUGAUGCCUUGCAGCCCCAUCAAACCGAGUCUACCAUAUACAAGUACCAAACCGAUCUGUCAUAUGUUCCUGGCUACCACGCCCACCAGCAGAAGGUAAAUUUUGUUUCACCACAUCCCCCCCCCAUGCCUGUCACAUCUUCCAGCUUUUUUGGCCCCACCACCCCAUACUGGAGCUCUCCAACAGGGGGGAUUUAUCCUAAUCCAAGCGUUCCACGUCAUUCCAGUUCUCAUGUGCCUUCCCACCUAGGCAGUUACUACUAAUGCCCUUCACCUCUCACCCUCCUCCCUACAUGCCAAAACUUGAACUGCAUUUGGAGGGAAGACAAAAGGACCUGGAUAUGGAAGACAAGGAAGCUGGAAAGGAGAAGAUUUUUUUUUUUGGAGAGGCCUGGCAAAAAUUUGUUCAAUGAAGGAAAUGUUGGAAGAAGCUGGAAAGACAGAGAAAGUAAGCAGAGAGAAGAAAAACAGACCAGAAAAUGGCUGAUCCUCUAUAAAAUGGAGUACUACUUAUUCAAAGAACAAACAACGUCUUCUUUGAUGCUUGCUUUGGAGAGUGUGUGCGUGUUUCUAAAUGUUAUUGUACCUUUCUUCUCCCAAAAGCUGUACCAAUCGGCCAGAGUCCCCGUCUACCAAAUAAAGACCACAGUUAUAAAGUCGGUCAAUGACCGAAAAAACAAAUCACUGUAAACUCUCCCUGUGUGUUAAUGCAAUUGUGAAUCGAGUGUUUAUCUGUUUGGACUUAGUCCAUCCUUCUCUUUGGAUUUUGUCUAAACCCACCUUGGUUACAUGAGUUUAUCUUUUUAAGUUGUGACUGAAACUUUCUUACUAAAGCAAAUCUGGCAACUGGAAAAAUGUUGGCAUUCACCCGUCAGUUAUUCUCCAAACUGGAGGACGUGGCGGAUGAUUGUUUAUAAGGAGCUUCUCAGGCUAGCUGGCUCAAGCUAAUAUCACUUAUUCACCUUUAGCACACUUUUAUGCUGAUGACAAGAUGGUGUUGAUGUGAAAGCUCUGUAAAUGAUAGAUUCAUUUAAAUCUGUCCUAAAUUUCUAAUGCAGCUUUAACUUGCUUUCAAUUAAUGCUCACUUUCCUGCUGGGGGGAUUCCUGUUUGUGCCCCCCUCAUUGGCCAGGGAAAAUUCAUUUAAUUUCAUCUCAAAAUUGCCAAUCUGUUGCCAAGUGUUAUUUUAGUUCAUAUGUAAUUAAUAUACAUUCCUAUGUCUUAAAACUCUUGAAUAGAUCAUUGGAUUGCUGAACAACUGAAUGUGGGCAUCAUGCAAAGUACCUCUUUGAAAGUAAAAAAAAAAAAAAGUAAAAACAUAUAAACAGUUAAAACAGCAACACAAAACGUUGAAACCAGAGAUUCGCAAACGCUGUGCGUUUGUCAGACCUAUUUGCUAGUAUUAUUUUGAUCAAAGGUCAACUAGGCAUUAAAAGCGUCUUACUGUAUAAAUUAUGCAGAGCUAUUUUCAUAUGUGACAGUGUUAAAAAUCAUACUUUAAUACGAGUUGACCUCGCUCAAAAUGCAAACUUUUUUUUUUAUCAGUUACUGAAGGUAGUUUGUACUACAUAGGUAUUUUGUAUCUGUACAUAUGGGCAAUACGUUUGUGAAUGUUUUCUUGUAUUUUUCGGAAAAUGCUUUUUUCUAAAGUCUUACUUGCCAUGAUAAUAAGAAAGUUAUUUUGAUAUGUAUUUUUUAUUCCUUAAAAGCAAAUGCCUUACCAAAACAUUAUGCUAAUAGACAAUUGGUUUUACAUAAAUCAGGGUUUUCCAAAGUGCUAAAUAACAGUUCUUGUAAUGCCAAAUGCCUUAAAGCCAAACUUUGUGUGUGCCUAAACUUGAUUGGACAGUGUUAUACCAGUGUCAGUUCCAUGCAAGCAAUUUCCCUUUGUGUACUUUAGAGCAUUAAAGUAAAUGAUGAUUGAAAAGUUCCAACAGUUCAUCUCUAUAAGGGAUCGUUGUCAGAUAUGAAGGAAUUGUGUUAUUUUAUAUACAGUAUGCAAUGUAUUUGGAUAUUAAAUUUAAGACUAUAUAUAUAAAAAAUAUGAAAUAUAGCAAAUAAUCGUUUUUUGUUAAUUUUGUUGUUUCUGCAAUUUUUGAAGUUUGUUUUAUAGGUAAAAUGUGACAAAAUAAAUGUUUUUACAUUAAAGAAGCUCUCCAGAUAACUUUUUGCUAUCAGUCAAUUGGUCAAUGCAUCUCACUA